AUGUUCAAAACUGUGUCCUUGUCAUCCUCGUUCUUGAGCUCGCCAUUGGAUCCUGUGUGGGCCUGCCUUCAAGGCAUGAUCUUCAAGACACCGAUGCCCACCACUUCCCUGUUCCAUGACGUUCCUGCAUACCCCCACCCUCCACUUGCAUCACCCUCGCCCUGCAAGCCUCAAUGUCAGCUCUCGUAUGCAAUUCAUGCUUCAGCUCUUCAACCUAUUCACCUUGUCGCAAUCAUCACAUACUAUCUCUCACCCGCCCUUGCAUGCUCACCCACCCUUGCAUUCUCACCCACCCUCUCGAUCGCAAAGAUCUUUCUGCAUGCCGGAGCCCUGGGUAAUGUUUCUCACCCACCCUCUCAAUCGCAAAGCUCUUUCCGCAUGCUGGAGCCCUGGGUAAUGUCUGCAAUGAUGUUUGGCUCUAUUCUGAACAGUCCAAAGUUGACAAAAAAGCACAAGUCAGAUAAGUGCAGCAAGGCAAAACGGCCUCGGAUCAAGGACUCGGAUGAGAUCAUCCGCGAUGGAAUUGAGCAGGACUAUGACGAUAUCCGGGCUGACCCACCCAACAAUUCGGAUGUGCUGCCUCUGGCCGAUGAUAAUGCAGUCCCAGGGCCGUCACAGAUUCCUGAUUAUGAUAUCCCUGCUGAAUAUGAUUUGUCUCGCACCGCUCAGGGCACACAAUUCGGAUGCCACACCACUACGUGGAUUAUCUUCCUGGAUCGUCAAUGCAUCUGGCACACAUGCCACGAACCAAUCACCAGCUGCGUGCUGAGAAAUCUGCAGCCACCGCUUCAGUCUGAGGUUAACAGCCCUGCCCAUCGCCCACCCAGUCCUAGUCCUAGCUCCGUAGAAUUGAUACUGGUGCCGUUCGAGACUGAGCCAGAUGACACAGGCUUAUAUCGUAUAUACGCCACCCGUCCCACAUUCAUUCCUGCAGAUGCUCUUAACACAGUGACAGAUGCUCCUACCCUUGACAGCAGUCUACCAGCCCAGAAACAGAGCAGGCUUCUUGCUGGGCUUCCACCUGCAGACGUCGGGGUGGAUGAACUGUUCCAUGCAUUCACAAACCCAACAUGUGGGCUUAUGAUGGCGUGGCAAUACUCCAGGACAAAUGCAAAGUCUUUUGCCAAGUUUGAUCGCCUUGGCACCUUCUUCGAAGACCCUCUCUUCCGCAGUGAAGAUGCGAUCGGAAUAACACAUGCCCGUGAGUCAAAGCUACUCGACAAGUACCUGGACGACAAAAUGAAUCCUUUCCGGGAAGAACAUGGUUGGCAGGAGUCGACAGCCAGGAUCCAUCUACCAAGGGAGAAGCAGAGAUGGGCAUCGGAGGAGGACGCUCCUGAGCUGGAGAUACCUGGAGUAUAUUACUGCUCACUUGUUGACAUCAUCACAGCUGUUUUCGAGGACGACGUCUCCCAAACGUUCAACAUGACGCCUUUCAGUCAACACUGGAAGGUCUCUGGGGAAAAGACGAUCCAGGUCUUUUCAGAAGCUCACAGCUCCCCUGCCAUGCUUGAUGCAUACAUGGAGAUCAACACUUUGCCACGCAAACCUGACGACGAUCUUGAACGUGUCGUCACUUCCCUCAUGUUUUGGUCUGACUCAACGCAUCUCACCAAUUUCGGGGAUGCUUCAAUGUGGCCGUUCUACUUAUUUUUCGGAAAUCAGUCAAAAUAUACUCGCGGGAAACCAACAGCCAGCGCAUGUCAUCAUGUUGCUUAUAUACCAAAUCUUCCUGAUGAUUUCCAAGAACAGUAUAUGGGGUUGUUUGGAGAACCCUCGACGGGCGAGACGUACACCUACUGCAAGCGUGAGCUGAUUCAUGCCAUCUGGAAACUCCUUCUCGACAACAAAUUCAUGGAUGCAUAUGAACACGGUAUCAUCAUCAAGUGUUCGGACGGCAUCACACGCAGAGUAUUCCCUCGAUUUUUUACAUACUCAGCCGACUAUCCGGAAAAAGUUUUACUUGCAAGUAUCAAAUUUCUAGGCCAAUGCCCCUGCUCACGCUGUCUUGUCAAGAAGACUGACAUCCCGAAGAUGGGGACAAAGCUUGAUUUGAGACGACGAGACAGGUUGCAGCGUGUCGAUGAUAAUUCUCGGUGCCACAACAUUGCAAAGGCUCGGUCGCUCAUAUUUGAGAAGGGUGCUCCUGUUUCUGGUACGUGGGUGAAUGGCCUUUUGAAUGACGAAUCUUUGGUGCCUACCCGAAAUGCAUUUUCGGAGAAGCUCUCCCGAUUCGCAUUCAACUUGUUUGCCUUGUUUGUUGUGGACCUGUUGCACGAGUUCAAAAUUGGGGUUUGGAAAGCUAUCUUUAUUCACCUUAUGCGGAUCCUGCAUGCAGCAGCUGGUGAUUCAGUUCAGCACUAUUGGAGGGUUCCAACUUUCGGACGUGGCACCAUUCGGUGUUUCAACAAAAACACAUCAGCCAUGAAGCGACUCGCCGCGAGAGACUUCGAAGAUUUACUGCAGCGCAUCCUUCCUGUGUUUGAGGACCUUCUCCCGAAUGAACAUGACCAGAACGCUAUAGUCCUUGACCUGCUCUUCGACCUUGCUGCAUGGCAAGGCUAUGCAAAGCUCUGUCUGCACACUGACGAUACUCUAGCUUUUUUUGACACUGCGACUGUGGUUCUGGGCCAGUCUGUUCGAAAAUUUUCGAAAACAAUAUGCCUGUACUACCAUACUACCGAACUCCCUCACGAGUAUGCUGCCUGGAAGAAAUGGGCUACAGACUCAGAGACCACUUGGGCUGGACCAAAGCUCAAGAGGCUCAACCUCGAGACAUAUAAGUAUCAUGCGCUUGGGGACUAUCCCGAGCCCCUUCAGUGA